AUGAAAGGGACCCUUCUGCUGGCCUUGCUGGUGACUGGAGAACUGAGCUUCCAGACAACAGAAUCACUUGUUCCUUUUUUCAAUGUCUAUGCAAGUGUUCUCUCUGGAAAAAGAUUGUAUCAAGAACUCCAGACAUUCAAUGCUACUGCAGAGGUAAAGGUGGCCUUGGAAAAAAAUCUGUGGCUGCUAGAGGAAAAUUUAAGAAACAUGUUACUGGAACCUCAAAUUAAGGAAGCCAUGAUUGCCAGCCAAGAAUCCCAGUCAAACUAUGAAGUUGACAAUAUAAGAUCCAUAUUAGACUAUAUUUCCAGGCUAUUAGGAGAGUAGAUGUUAAUGUGUUUUGGGUACCCAUCUUUGCAACAUGUCUGAUCCACGUGCCAUCUUGCUGACCUGUCCUCUUUCUUUCCUGAAGUUGGAUUCCUGAUACUGUUCCUUCAUCAUUCAGUCUCUUAGACUGAUUCUAAUAAAAGCUUGCAACU